AUGUUUUCCCUUCUGAGUACCGCAACCAUGCUAGGGGCUUUUACAGCCCUUUUCGCCAUCGUCUUUCAAGCCUAUUUAGCUUCGAACGAAUUGGUUAGGUUGACAAUAAUUCUGCAACAUUUACGUGAUCUAGAAGUAGAAUUCCUAGUCCGUGGUCCACGCGUAGCAAUUGGGUAUGGAUCUUGCAGUGAUCUGCACGUUAGGGCGACAGAUUUUCUCGAAUACAACGAAAACAUCGGGCUUGCUUUAAAUGCGUCCGAGUACAGCUUUGACGACAUUGAAAACGAGGAGGAGUUUCUGCUUAAUUUUGCAUACUACUUUCAACGCGGAGCAGCUGCGGAACGUUUCACUGCCAAUCGAGAAAUGUUCUUGAGUCUAGUUCAGCGAGCCAAGAAGUCGGCAACGAUUGUGCACCAUUGGGCGUUAGGCGGCAAUGCGCCGGUCAUAGGAACACGAAUGGCGAUCGAAGGGGCAAAUGUUCUUCUCGGUGCUAAAAUGUCUUCCAAGUUGAAAACUCAUCUACGACCUGAAGUGCGCCUCACAGGGAGCCUUAUCGACGACGACGAUAUUCAUCUGAUUCUAGAGUACAAUACCGGAGACAGCUGGGGUGAUUUAGUGUCGCCUCGCGCCAAUCGUUACAUUCUGCACAAUGAUCACCAUAAUCCGUACCUAACUUCGUUGGAGGAGUUCAACUCCGCGUUGGUCGGAUUUGCACCGGAUUUGUUUGUCGUAAGUGGACUCCAGAUGAUGGACAACUACGUCUACCCGGAUGGGGUUCGAGAACAGCUGCUGGAUAGGGUACACCAGCAGAUGCAAGCACAAUCGCGCACAAAAACGCUCGUUCACUUCGAAAUGGCCAGCUUUGUGGAGUUGGAAUUGCUUCAGCUGCUCUUGCGAAAGGUAAUUCCGUACAGUGACUCAAUCGGCAUGAACGAGCAAGAACUGGACAACCUGCAGCAAGUGUUGGAAACCGGACGGAUAAGCCUGGUCGCCGAUUGUAAUCCCCGGUUGGCACAUUCACUUGAUCAGGCGCGCGCCGUGUUUCGUAAGUUGAACGAAGAACAACCCGCCAAAUUAUCCACUUCCACGGACGAUGCGCUUCGUCGCCCGCUGUCUCGAAUUCAUCUACAUACGCUAGCCUAUCAGGCUUUCAUCGUAACCAAGGAUAGCCGGUGGAUGCAUACGAAGAAUGCGGCCGCUAAAGCGUCGCUGACCGCACACCGGCACGUGUGUGCGAGCACGAUCGUCAACCCAGACGCCGCCUAUCUGCAGAUGGACGAAAGCUUUGCCGUGUCGACGAAACCUGGUGCUAAGCGCGUGCACUUCAACAAUCAUGAUCCGGUGUCUUGUUGGGAGGAAUCGAUUCCUCUGGAGGGAUCCCGUUCCAUUACUGUGGAUAUUUGCGUCGCACCGGUGUUGAUAUGCAAACACGCCAAGCAAACGGUCGGGGCAGGCGAUAACAUUUCCGGCGCGGGAUUAGUAUUGCAGAUAUAAGCCACGUUCUAGUGAAAAAACGAAGAAAAAAAAACAUUCAACGUAA